CGCGCGUCUGUGGGCGGGCUCGUUUGCUCCGUGCUCUCCUGGUGCCAGGUGGGACUUUCGCCUUCGCGCCCCCUCGGGCCGCUGCGUCGCUGUCCCUCCACGAUAUCUCGGUCCCCAGUGGCGCUCACCCCUGGGCCGUCCGAGUUUGUCCAAAGACCCCUUCCGUCCCAGCGGGGUUCAGCUUGUUCCUGCCUGUCCCGUGGUUACGCGGCUCGGAUUUAGGGGCAGCGCAGGGACAUCCCUCUCCUCCCCGCGGCCGUGCACCGCACGAGCGCAGUGUCCAGGGUCUUAGCCUGGGCAAGAGGUUCGAGGGCCGUGGGGCCUCAUCCAGCCUGAGGCUGCUAGGAGGAGCUGACGCCGGCUGGUGGUAUUUGCAGUGAAAAGGCAUGAGCCGGGUGGCUGGGACGGGAUCCGAUGCUAGGGAAACUGCAGUUUCCCAAAGUGACUUUGUGUGCUUGGGCAGGGAAAGGAAGAUAAGCUGUGAAAUAUGCAACCAGAGAGAGAUUGGGAGUGGGUGUGGGUCUAGGACAAGAGGCUUGGAGUCACAGAGGGGCAGAGAAAGAUGCUGGGGAAAGCCCCAGGUGCAGACUCUGAAGGGUCAGCUGUGACGGUUCAGCGCCCCUUCCCUUGGGCAGCCCCUCUCUCCUCUGUCUACCACUGGGCUUCCUGGUUGAUCCAGGGGGCUCCAGAACAGCCCAGGAAAGAGCCUCCACAGCAAGCAGAACUUUCUUGCCUGUCCAGACCAGGAAAUACCAGAGUGGGUGCCAUAACAGGGUGUGGCUGAGGGACCUGAGGGACCAGGCCUUGGAGAGGGCAGGGGAGGCCUCAGUGACCCUGCCCAAAAGGGACACAGCAUGGACAGAGGCCAAGAAUGCAAGGGAGAGAGCAGGUCUGGCUGCUGGUUAGAUCACCAUGGGGACAGGCAGCUGACUCACCUAGGCACGCCAAGACUAGCCAGUUCUGUCCUCACCCCGCCCCAUGGUGAGCAUCAAGCCUGCCUGGGGAGGUAGGAGGCUGGGCCCUUCCAGGUGUGUGCCCUCAGGUGAGUUGCCCAGCCUUUCAGAAGUACCUAGCUCAGGUGAGCCUGGUGGGACUGGGAGCCAGAGGCCUGGGUCUGAGCCCUAUACGUGUUCUAUGUAGGGUAUCUCUGGGCCCUCCCAUACCUUCCUGGGCCUCAGUUUCCCCAUGUGUAUGUCCUGUGCAGCUUAUUACUAAGGAACCUUAAAAACUGGAUGGAAGGAGAGGGUAAGGAGGCCAUGCCAUUGAUCAGAGAGGGGUGGGUUGGUGGUGGGACUAGGAUUUGAGAGGGAAGUACUCCUGCUGGGUCCCUCUCAUUUAAGGUUCAGUACCUCCCCCUCCUUCCCUGCAAACACACACACUCAUGCACACUCAUGCCUUGCCUCAUCCCUGCCUGCACACUCUCCUCAGUGCCUCCAGGAUGAAGCCCCAAAUUCCCUAGCCUGGGAGCAGAGCCUCUCGGGGCUGCAAGACCGGACUGUCAGCUUCAACUGCAGCCUCCUCCCGCCCCUGUGCCACCUCAGGAGCCAUGCUUAACUUCUGGUCCUUCCUCCGGGCAGUGUGACUUGGUUUCCUAGAGUCAGAGAUCUCUUUGGGGCCACAUACCUGGAAGGGCCCCAGAAUAGUGUCUGCAAACUUGGGUCACUGGGGGUCUGUCAGACUCGUCCCAAGGGGCCCCAGGCUGCUUGGAGAGGUAAGGGAGGCUGAGGACCAGGUCCCCAAACCCAGAGCAGCUCUGCUGCAUCAGUUUAUCCUUUUUAGGGAGGACUAAAAUAGUUUGACAAGCUCUGAUCUAGUCGGACCCCUAUUUGGUAGAGGAGAUGACUGAGGCCCAGAGAGGAGCAGGGCUGUGGAGAAGCUGGGGCAUGACCAGGGCUGAACAGCCAGGGAGGGGUUGGGAGGGGGUCCUCUGGGAGCAGCUGAAGUGUGGGCCAGGGGUCCAGCAUAAGGGAGCCUCUGCCAGCCCCAUGGGGGCAAGGGGUAGGAAGCCUGAGGUGGAGAAGGACUGAGAGCUCCUUGCCCUGAGUGUGGCACUGGCAGGGGGGACGGGGGGAUUGCUACCUGGCCCUCAGGUGAGUGUGGAGGCUCCUGGUGCUCAAGGCCUCCCAGCAGCGAAUUAUUUGCUGCAGGUUCCUGGCUCACCCUGAUCUGGUUCCUAGUCUACACCUCCCAUCCUGGCUGUACCCUCUCCCCUCUGCCUUUAGCCAGUGUCCUCACCUCUCAGCUCAGACCGUGACUGACUGCCAGCUGAGGGUGGAAAGGUCAAAGGUCAUCCCUCAAAGGACCUUUCCAUUACAUCAGUUUCUGGAGAUACAGGUCAGCUAACUCCAGAGCCUCAGAGUGUCAGAGCCAGGGAGAGGCAGAGUCUGAGGGUCUUGGACUAAAAGACUCUCUAGCUCUCCACAUGAGAUAUCUGGUCAGGUCAUCUGGGCAGAUGACCUCCUUUGCCAGGUGAGGGCACCAAAGUUUGGUGGGAGAGGGCUAUGUCCGAUUGGAGGCUGCAGCCUGGCUGUGGAGGCUCUGAAUCCAGCACCCGGACCAUGUGCAGCCCUGAGGAGGCAGCCCUGCUGCGGCUGGAGGAGGUCUUCUUGGCUACCCUUGCCCGCAUCAACAGCCUUGUCCUCCAGCCCCUGGUCACAGCUGCCCCAGAGCCCUCGGAUCCCCAGGGCAGAGAGUGCCUGCGGCUCUUGCAGCAGCUGCACGGGAGCUCCCAGCAGCUCUGGGAGGUGAUGGAGGAAAGCCUGCACUCGCUGCGGGAGAGGCUGUGCCACCCAGACUCCGUCGGCCUGGAAUCCCUGCUGCUGCUGCGUCGUGCUGACCAUGUCCUGCAGGUUCACGUGGAGUACAUCGAGUCCUAUACGAACUGCGUGGUGGUGCAGGCCUUUCAGAAGGCAGCAAAGAGGAGGAGCGAGUACUGGCGGGCCCAGCGGAAGGUGCUGCGGCAGCUGCUGUGGGGCAUGAGCUCCGAGGGCUCGGUGGGUACAGCACUGGUCCAGGCCCUCCGCCAGCCGCUCACCCAUCAUGUGCAGCAGUACGUGCUCCUCCUGCUGAGCCUCAGCGAAACCAUCGGGGAGCAUCACCCCAGCCGGGAGCUGGUGGUGCACACAGCCACCCUCUUUGGGAACCUACAGUCCUUCAUGAGGCAGGCGCUGGACCAGGCUGUGGCCACCCAGGCCCUCUGGCACACCUUGAGCAGCCGGCCGAGGGAUGUGCUCUGCACCCCUGCUCGCCGACUCUUGCAAGACAGCCAGGAUGUACCUGUGACAGUCACCCUGCUGCGGGCAGAGCGCGUGCUGCUUUUUGAUGAUGCCCUCGUUCUGCUACAGGGCUCCAAUUUCCACACCUUUGAUCUGAAGCUCGUGUGGGUGGAUCCUGGGCAGGACGGGUGCACGUCUCACCUCCUCACGCCUGAGGAAGAGUUCUCUUUUAGCUCCAAGGACCCUCAGGGCCAGGUGGUCUGGCAGAGGAAGGUUACCCAAGCUGUGUGCCAGGCCCUGCGUGGGAAGAAGGACUUCCCGGUGCUGGGGGCUGGCCUGGAGGCCUCCGAAGCUCCUGCCUGCCGCAGCGCAGCUUACACCUUCCGCGCGGAGGGCCGGCUCUGCGAGGCCACCUAUGAGGGCGAGUGGUGCCGGGGCAGGCCCCAUGGCAAGGGGACCCUGAAGUGGCCAGACGGACGGAACCAUGUAGGGAAUUUCUGCCAGGGCCUGGAGCAUGGCUUUGGCAUCUGCCUGGUGCCCCGGGCCUCUGAGGACAAGUUUGACUGUUACAAGUGCCACUGGUGGGAAGGCAGCAUGAACGGCUACGGCAUCUGUGAGUACGGCACUGACAAGGUGUACAAGGGCUACUUCCAGGCAGGUCUGCGGCAUGGAUUUGGGGUCCUGGAGAGCACCCCACAGGCCCCUCAGCCCUGCAAGUACACGGGCCACUGGGAGAGGGGCCAGAGGAGUGGCUAUGGCGUCGAGGAGGACAGUGACAGGGGUGAGCGCUAUAUUGGCAUGUGGCAGGCUGACCAGCGCCAUGGCCUGGGGGUCAUGGUCACCCAGGCAGGCAUCUGCUACCAGGGGACCUUCCAGGCAGACAAGAUGGUGGGCCCAGGGGUCCUCCUCACUGAAGACGACUCCUUGUACGAGGGCACCUUCACCAGAGACCUGACCCUUGUGGGGAAGGGCAAGGUCACCUUCCCCAAUGGCUUCACCCUGGAGGGCUCUUUUGGCAGCGAGGCAGGCGGAGGACUGCACACCCAGGGCGUUCUGGAUACAGCUGCCCUCCCCCCAGACCCAAGCUGCACCCGCAAGAGGCAGCUGGGUCUGGGCGCCUUCCCCGUGGAGAGCCGCUGGCAGGGUGUCUACGGCCCCUUCCGGGACUUCGUGCGCGCUGGCUGCCCUGCGGAGCUGCAAGAGGCCCUGCUGGGCUUCCACGUGCAGAGCUCGAAGGAGCUGCGCAAGUCCCAGGAGUACCUGUGCUGUGAGAGGAGCCACUCUGAGGACAGUGCAUGCAGAAUGGAAGACAUGCUGGAGGAGCUGCUGCAGCACCGGGAGCCCAAGGCCCUGCAGCAGUGCCUCAGGAAGGCUCUGAGCAACUGGCUACACCCCCUGGGAAAAGUGCUCCGGACACUGAUGCUGACCUUCCAGGCCACGUACGCAGGCAUCGGGGCCAACAAGCACCUGCAGGGGCUGGCCCAGGAGGAGGUGAAGCAGCACGCCCAGGAACUCUGGGCCGCCUACAAGGGUCUGCUGCAGGUUGCCUUACAGCGCAAAGGCCAGGCUCCAGAGGAAGACGAAGACGCAGAGACGAGGGACCUGCAGGUGCAUGGACUGGUGCUGCCCCUCGUGCUGCCCAGCUUCUACUCAGAGCUCUUCACUCUCUACCUGCUUCUUCAUGAGAGAGAGGACAGUCUCUACAGCCAGGGCAUUGCCCACCUGAGCCUCUUCCCCGACACCAAGCUGCUCGAGUUCCUGGACGUGCAGAAAGAUGCUCCCUGGUCAGGGACAAGUGCUUCCUGUCAGCUACCGAGUGUCUGCAGAGGAUCAUGUGAGUCUGUGCCCUCCAGAGGGUGGGGGUGGAGGCAGGGGUGUUGGGGCCCCUGGUUGGGACUGAACCCAGGGGCCUUGAUCUGGAGCCAGUGCCCCUGCUGCAGCACCACGGUAGACCCCCGGGAGAAGCUGGAGGUGCUGGAGAGGACGUAUGGGGAAAUUGAGGCCACCGUGUCACGGGUGCUGGGCCAGGAGCACAAGCUGCCCAUGGACGACCUGCUGCCGCUGCUCAUCUAUGUGGUAUCGCGUGCCCGAAUCCAGCACCUGGGAGCCGAGAUCCACUUGAUCCGUGACCUGAUGGAACCUAUCCACAUAGGAGGCCUGUAUGACUUUCUGCUCACAGCCCUGGAGUCUUGUUACGAGCACAUCCAGAAGGAAGACAUGAGGCUGCAUCGCUUGCCCAGCCGCUGGGACUCCAGGGUGUCCUGGUAGCUCAGCCUCUCCUGGACAAACUGCAGGGGCCGCCAUGGACUUCCCGUGGGAGCGAGCAUGGCCCAGCCUGGCCCUUGUGGACCCAGGAGCAGCGGGCAGCAUGGGCCGGUGGAGGUGGCUCUUGGAGGAGAUGAGCGAUUAUUUUCUUGCAGGGAGAUACCGCUGCUGCCCUGACUGGGAUGAGGGUUGGGCGUGAUGGAUGUGGCCCCAGAGCUGGGGGCUUCUCCUUUCCCUUCCCCCUGCCACUCUUUAGGCCACUGGGCCAGGUUUGGAUGACCUCUGUGACCUGCAGCAGCUCACAGGCUGGGGCUAGGAACCCCUGGCUUCUCUUUGCUGGAGCCUUACUCCCAAGUUACCAGGCCUCUCUGGGCCUUAAUGUUGCCAUCUAUAAAAUGAUGGACUUGGUGGUCUGUAAA